UCUUUUUCUUCUGUUCUCCACAUAUAUAGCUUUCACUUCCCUUUCCAUACAUGCAUUUCCCAGCUGAUUUUAACUGAUUAAACUGCCCCUCUUGACUCUGAGACACAAUGGCUUCCAUGCUUAGCUCUGGAACUGUCCUUAGGCCAACCCCAUUUCUUGGCCAAAACAGAACCUCUAAUGCUAACCCUCUCAGGGAUGUUGUCUCUACAGGCACUGGUAAAUACACAAUGGGAAAUGAUCUGUGGUAUGGACCUGACAGAGUGAAGUACUUGGGACCCUUUUCAGCUCAGACUCCAUCAUACUUGACUGGAGAGUUCCCUGGUGACUAUGGAUGGGACACAGCUGGUUUAUCAGCUGACCCUGAGGCCUUUGCCAGGAACAGGGCUCUUGAGGUGAUUCAUGGAAGAUGGGCAAUGUUGGGAGCACUAGGCUGCAUCACCCCAGAAGUCCUUCAGAAAUGGGUUCGAGUGAACUUCAAGGAACCAGUAUGGUUCAAAGCUGGGGCUCAGAUUUUCUCAGAAGGUGGCUUGGACUACCUAGGCAACCCCAACCUGGUUCAUGCUCAAAGCAUCCUCGCCGUCCUCGGCUUCCAAGUCGUCCUCAUGGGUCUCGUUGAAGGAUUCCGCAUCAACGGUCUCCCUGGUGUUGGAGAAGGCAAUGACCUUUACCCUGGCGGCCGAUUCUUCGACCCUCUUGGCCUUGCUGAUGACCCUGUCACAUUUGCUGAACUUAAGGUGAAAGAAAUCAAGAACGGCAGGCUAGCCAUGUUCUCCAUGUUCGGCUUCUUCGUCCAAGCCAUUGUUACCGGAAAAGGUCCCCUGGAGAACCUGUUGGACCACCUUGACAACCCUGUUGCCAACAAUGCUUGGGUCUAUGCUACCAAGUUUGUGCCUGGAUCGUAAAUCAAUAAUACCCAGAUCAAACUUGUUCUAUGUUUGCUUGUGUGGAUUAGAAGGGAGAUGUAUCUAUUGUUUGACAAUGUGAAACCUCUGUAUCACUGAGAUUCAAUGUAAUUUAGGGAAAAGGCAUAUGAACAUUUCUCAUUU